AUGAAGUCAACUACGCUAUUGCUACCACUCUACACUGCAGCCUUUGCUGCUACGGUUUCACAUCCCAAGGACCCCCAAGUCGUCUUGCAAGAGCCGCAGCUUACUAUCGUCGAGCCGGAUGAGUAUCUCAUCGAGCUAUCACCUGGCGAGACAAGAUGGGUCACCGAAGACGAGAAGUGGGAGCUGCGUAAGCAAAACAUCAACUUCUUCGACAUUACGCACAACGAAGAGCUCGGUACGCUCAACCGCCAGUUCAAGACUGAGAGCGUAAAGUUCCCCGAAAAGCCCAUUUACAAUGAAACCAUCGCUCCGCUACUCAAGAAGCUGGAAAAGAACAACAUGCGCGAGCAUCUCGAGACCUUUACCUCAUUCCACACCCGAUACUACAAGUCGAAAUACGGUGCAGAGAGCUCGGCAUGGCUUCUUGAGCAGGUCGACAAGACUCUCGCCGAUGCAGGCGCUCUCAACGCCUCCGUGAAGGCGUUUCCCCACCCCUGGGGCCAAUCCUCCAUCAUUGCCACAAUCCCUGGCAAGAGUGAUAAUACGAUUGUCAUUGGUGCCCAUCAAGACAGCAUAAACCUCUUCUUCCCAUCUCUCUUGGCUGCCCCAGGAGCCGACGACGACGGCAGCGGUACCGUUACCAUCCUCGAAGCAUUACGCGUACUGCUCAAGUCGAAGGAGAUCCUCAAGGGCGAGGCAGACAACACAAUUGAGUUUCACUGGUAUUCUGCCGAAGAGGGAGGUCUCUUAGGAUCGCAGGCCAUCUUCCAGUCUUACGAGAAGGAGGCUCGCAAAGUCAAGGCUAUGCUUCAGCAGGACAUGACUGGUUACGUUCAGAAGACGCUCGAUGCAGGCGAGCCAGAGUCUGUUGGUGUCAUUACCGACUUUGUUGAUCCUGGCCUCACCGAGUUCAUCAAGCAGAUCAUCACUGUCUACUGCGGCAUUCCGUAUGUCCUGACCAAGUGUGGUUACGCCUGUUCCGAUCAUGCCAGCGCAUCCAAGGCCGGCUACCCGUCAGCUUUCGUCAUUGAGUCAGACUUCAAGUACAGCGACAACAAGAUUCACACAACCGAGGACAAGAUUGAGUUUCUAAGCUUCGACCACAUGCUUCAGCAUGCGCGGAUGACACUUGCUCUGGCAUACGAACUUGCUUUUGCAAAGUUCGAGUAG